GGAUUCCUCAAUUUCCAGACACCCUCAAACUCGGCCCCGUUCCGAUUCGAACAUGAUGACGUCACUGCUCACUAUCUCAAUGUUCGUCGUCGCCAUUCAGGCCUUUGAUUCGUCGGAAAUUCGAAUGCUCGAUGAACAAUAUGACACGAAGAAUCCCUUCUUUCAAUUUCUCGAAAACUCAAAACGAAGUGAUCGACCGACUCGUGCAAUGGAUUCUCCACUGAUCCGUUUUGGCAAAAGAGCUGCUGAUGGAGCACCACUCAUCAGAUUUGGUCGUGCUCCAGAAGCAUCUCCGUUCAUUCGUUUUGGAAAGAGAGCUGCCGAUGGGGCUCCUUUGAUCAGAUUUGGCCGUGCUCCAGAAGCUUCUCCAUUCAUCAGAUUUGGCAAAAGAGCAUCUCCAUCAGCUCCAUUGAUCCGUUUCGGACGUUCUCCAUCAGCCGUACCACUCAUCCGUUUUGGCCGAUCUGCAGCUGCUCCACUUAUUCGCUUCGGACGUGCUUCAUCAGCUCCUCUCAUUCGUUUUGGCAGAAAAUAAAUUCACUUUUUGAUCUUUCUUUGUGUGUGUGUGUGUUUGUGGUUCAUUUUGGAUCUCAUUUAGUCGACGAUUGUGUGUCUACACCUAUUUCCUUCCUUCACUGUCUUUUCCCCAAACACUCUUCUUCCCCCAACCAAUGUUCAUUUUCAUUUUGGCUCUACUCAUGCAUUUCUUCAUCUUCUUCUUCGACGUCUUGAAUUCACAAAAAUGAAUUGUUCUAUCCGGUU